CUGCAAACAGCGAGAGCCGUGCGUGGAAAGGUCUCUCUCUCCUUCUGUGGAGUGGGUAAGAAGCGGGCUGCUUGUUUUCCUUCAGCCCUCCUUUCAAAGCGUGUCUGACAGAGAAGGAGGAAGUCACAGGUAGAGGGGAGGAAUACAGCUGCCAGAAACUAUGGAUGGACUUUACUUUGAAGUAAAACCGAAAGGAGGGGAAGCAAAGAGACCACAGAGCUCUGAGAAACCUCGUUAUAAUCUAACCUCAAACCAUCACUCCUGUCCCUCCCUGUCCCGGCUCAACUCUGCGGCUCAGAGUCCUCAAAAAAAGGAGCAGGGUGCAUCAUGGAGGGGUCAGGUAGACGAGGAGGAGAUACGAUACCAGCUGACAAUGAUUGGUUUUAGGGUAGUCCACCGCCUGACCACCAUGGCCAUGCUGCCCUGGGUUGUGGCAGAAAUCUGCAGGUCCACCAAGAAGGAUGGAGGCUCUCAGAGAGGAAGUGGAGGAGGUCCUCUGCCAUGCUAUAAUAAGACAGUGUUUCUGUGCGUGUCUGCAUCCUGGGUGCGGUGUGUGUCUGUUCUGGCAGAGCGGCGUCUCUGGGACCCUCUGACACACAUCGUGCUGUUUGAAUGUCGCCCACAUCAAGUGACCAAGUUGAUUCACAACAGCCAGGAGCCCAGCAUCUUCGCCUGCCUGGUGAGAGACUCGCUGAAGUGUGCCUGCUACGUCUUCCAGUGCCUGGACAGCAACAAGGUCCCUGAGAUCAUCAGUACGUUGAGGCAUGCUGGUAAAAGCUCGGCACGCAGCAGUGACAUCAGUGGCGACUCCACCAAAACGUCCACAAGCUCUGAAAGCAGCGAUUCUUCAGAAACAUGCCUCUCUGUCUCUUCUUCAUCAAACACUUCCGCCCCCACCUCUGCUGUGUCUCCAUCGACGUUCGCUAAGAAGUUCGAGGUACUUUUCUGCGGCCGGGUGAGUGUCGCUCACAAGAAAGCCCCACCCGCCCUAAUAGAUGAGUGCAUCGAGAAGUUCAGUCUGCUGCACAGCUCAGGGACAACGGAUAAAGGAGGCGGAGGCUUGGUAGAUGGGCUUAAGAGGGCAUUUACCUUCCCUUCAGCUGGACUGGUAAAUGGUUCUGUUCGGAAUGGAACGGCGGGCAACGCCACCACUGGGUCCACCUCUGCUCAGCUCAAGAGAGACUCCAGUUUUCCAAGCCUGCACCUCGAUGAGAACGGCCUAUGUCCAGAAAUUUCUAACAACAACACUAAAGAUCCGAUAACCAGCUCAACCAGUGUGCAGCCGACCAGCCUGCAGGAGAACAGGACCAUGCUGUUCACGGUGGGCAAGUCACAGAUCUUCUUGGUUAGUCCUGACACUAAGAAAGUAGCCAUAGAGAAGAGUUUCCGGGAAAUCUCCUUUUGCUCCCAGGGUAUUCGUCAUGUCGAUCACUUUGGCUUCAUUUGCAGAGAAACGGCUGAGAGUGGAAGCUGCCACUUUGUGUGCUACGUCUUCCAGUGCACUGAUGAAUCAUUGGUGGAUGAGAUCAUGCUGACCUUGAAGCAGGCAUUUUCUGUGGCUGCCCUGCAGCAGAAUGCAAAGACUCAGAGCCAGCAGUGUGACAGUUGCCCUAUACAGCAACUCCACAGACUGUGUGAGAGAAUAGAAGGUUUGCAUCCUUCCAAAGCAAAACUAGAGCUUCAGAAGCACUUGGCCACUUUAGACAAUGAUGAGCAAGCUUCCGUCUUUGAAAACACUAUGCGGGCUCGUCCAAAGAGUGAUCAGGAAGAAAACGAGCUAGUGAUGGCCGAUCUAAGGAACCUGUAUGAGGACAAGCAGAAAGCUCAUCAGCACUAUUUGACAGAAAACAGCAAACAGAUCUCUGAAGAUGCAGCUGCUGCAGCUCAGGAGACCCAACAGCAGAGCAGCAGCCGGCAGCGACUGGAGCAGUUUAAGACCAGAGCAAAGCGCUCUCUUACCGAGUCCUUGGAGGGCAUCUGGAAGGGAAGCAGUAAGGCCAAACCUCAGAGGGAGAACAGUCCGGGAAGCGAGAGCAGUGCUUCUUCUUAUACUGCCAUCAGUAGCAGAGGUCAGCCCUGCUUUGAGGAGCCUCUGACCUCCUCACCUCAUCUACGGCCCACCAGCCCUCUCAGAGGCCACAACUCCACAGGAGACCUGAAGCUUCUUGACUCCUCUAUUCCUCUCUCACCUUCCUCCUCCUCUCUUCCCUGUGAUCCCGAGCCGCAUACUUUUCGUCGUCGAGCCAGCACCUUCAGUCACUCCCCGACCCCCUCUUCAAUGCUCGAGGACUCCCCCUUAUACAUGCGAACUCAGACACCGCAGGAACUGAGUGCAGCUACCAAGCCCAAGCUUGUACGACACUACUCUGUGAGCACAGACACUCCUCACCAUAGCAGAAAUGUCACGACAGACUCCAUCCUUCCUCCUCUUCCUCCCUUUCCUUCAUUCCCUUCUCCUCUCCUCCGCCGUCCUUCCUCACCUUCUGCUGGAGCACGUUUCAACAAGAGAAGUCCUUUGGGUGGGCUCCGGGCCCGUCUCCACUCCUCCUCCUCUGUCCCUAACUUUCUGAAAUUUCAAUUUCUGGCUCCUGUUCAAGAGAAUGAUAGUGCCGACCCAAAAAGCAGGGAUGUAGCAGCUCUCUGUACACCGAGAGCAGGAUGUGUAGCUGGAGAGAGUCCAAUGCGAAGCCACCGGCACUCGUGGAGGCAGCAGAUCUUCCUGCGGGUUGCAACACCUCAGAAAGACACAGGCGAUCGGGGGGAUCCUUGUCUAGAUGGGGGUCUGAUAGGUGUGGGCCAGGUGUCAGCGGCGGGCACCGGAGACUUGUCCAUGAGAGUGGUGCAAAAGGAAGGGACGAAGAGAAGCAAAGAGGAGCUGAGGGAGCUGUGGAGGAAGGCUAUCCUGCAGCAGAUUCUGCUGCAGCGAAUGGAGAGUGAAAACCAGAAGCUGCAAGCUUCAGAGAGCGACCUGCAGAACAAGCGCCUGAAGCUGGACUAUGAAGAAAUCACUCCAUGUCUGAAGGAUGUCACUGUGGUGUGGGAGAAACUCCUGAGUACACCUGGUAGAACAAAAGUCAAGUUUGACACAGAGACUAUCCAUGCUGCAGUUGCACAAGGUGUCCCAAGGCAGCAUCGAGGGGAGAUCUGGAAGUUCCUCUCUGAGCAGUACCUGCUCCGGCAGACGGUUCCCUCUCGCCCCCCCUCAAAUCAUACUCCAUACAAAGAGCUGCUAAAGCAGCUCACCUCUCAGCAGCAUGCCAUCCUCAUAGACCUAGGUCGUACUUUUCCCACUCAUCCAUAUUUCCAAGCUCAGCUUGGAGCGGGGCAGCUCUCUCUGUUCAAUAUACUGAAAGCCUACUCCCUGCUUGACCCUGAGGUGGGCUACUGUCAGGGCCUUUCCUUCAUUGCUGGAGUCUUGCUUUUACACAUGGGGGAAGAGGAUGCAUUCAACAUGCUCAAGUUUCUGAUGUUUGAUGUGGGGCUGCGUAAGCAGUACAGGCCGGAUAUGAUUAUCCUACAGAUUCAGAUGUACCAGCUGUCUCGGCUGCUCCAUGACUACCACAGGGAUCUGCACAGCCACCUGGAGCAGCAGGAGAUCGGCCCCAGCUUGUACGCCACCCCAUGGUUCCUCACUCUGUUCGCAUCACACUUCCCCCUCGGCUUUGUGGCCCGUGUCUUCGAUAUGUUGUUCCUCCAGGGUUCAGAGGUCAUCUUCAAAGUUGCCUUGAGCCUGCUGGGUAGCCACAAGCCUCUGAUCCUGCAGCAUGAGAGCCUGGAAUCCAUAGUAGACUUUAUAAAGACCACGCUGCCCAACCUAGGGCUGGUGCAGAUGGAGAAGACCAUCAACCAGGUUUGUGAGAUGGAUGUAUCCAAGCAGCUGCAGGCCUAUGAGGUGGAGUACCAUGUGCUGCAGGAUGAGCUGCUGGACACGCCGCCAACUCUCAACCAGCAGCAGAGAGCUGCCCAACUAGAGAGGACCAAUCAGAGCCUCCGCCAGCAGAACCUGGACCUGUUAGAGGAGCUGCAGGUGUCCCAUGCACGAGUCUGCAACCUGGAGAGCCGAGUGGAGGCCCUCGCCCAGUCGGAGGGCCGGCUGAAGGAGCAGGUUUCUGCUCUCGAGGAAGAAAAGAAACAACUAGCCAGCACCAUCGCACACCUUCAGAAACUCCUGACCGGGCUGGGCAUAAAUGCUGACCUUGAUGGACAGACACUUCCCUAACUGCAGCUGAAUGGCAGAACGGUGCUCUCCGUCUGAUCCAAACGUUAAUAGCUUUACGUAUUAACAGUCAGAAUGACAUCAUCAGCAGUUAGAGCAAGCAGUGAAAAUCUUAGAUGAAGAAUUUGUUAAAAUGACUCCCAGCUUGAUCUCUAAUGAUGCCAAAGUGUUGAUAAAAUGAGAAAAGAGAAUUCAUUGUUGAACAGGUGAACGAGUAAUGCAGGAUGAGAGCUUUCUCUUUAUCUAACUGAUCUAAACGAACCCCCGGAGCUGGAACUGAGCUUUACAGUACAACCAGGAAAUGAUCGGAUAGAUCUUUUCUGGUUUUCACUCUUUAUGAUCCUUCUUUGGAUCAUUAAAGAGUGCCAACUUUUACACACAUCUAAUUAGGCUAAACUGGCCAAAGAACAUCUAAAGAACAAAGACUAAAGACUCCACUACACAGUAUUCUGAGACACGAUCGCUGUUACACAAAGUCAAUCUGAAAGAAAACCCCAGAAAAGAAUCCAUGCUGAAGGUAUUUAGCCUCAUAUAAGGAUGGGUUUAUCUAUUAUAAAAGCUGAAUAGAACAUGAUUGAAAUGAUGUUGGGUGCUGCACUGUGCUGCUGAAAUCCGCUGAGGUCAGAGGGGUAAGCUAGGUUUAGCUUUUUUUGCUCUCUCCUCUUCAUUUCUAGCCUAGCUUCCUGACCGUGUGCUUUUUAGCUUCAUUUAAGCGACAGCAGCUCACAGGAAGAGUAAUACAAUAUAUCCACUCCAUUUCACAUCCUGUUUUUCACCUCUGAAUGCGGGAUGGGGAAUUUUGAAACGGUAGCUGUCCCUGUCCAGGACGGGGGGAGACCUAAUGGGCUCCUUAGUUAUUGCCAAAUGACGCUCUGGUGUGAAGCUUGCACCGCUGAGACAAUCUGUAGGAUGUAAAUGUUUUACUGUAUUAAUAACCCAACACACUGAACUCCUCGGACCCGAGCUGCAGCUUGCUGCGUUCGUACCUGAACGUCUGAAUGUUACUGUUUUUUCUGCACUUCACUGACCCCCAUCCCAUCCCCCUCAUAAAAAAAACAAUGCUGUUUAUCACUUUAAACAUUUUUUGCUUUUACUCUUUUGCACAUCUUUUCUGUUUUAUUGAUUUAUUGUUUGUCUGUGCUUUAAAAUAUAACUCAUUAUUAUU